UAUGCCUGGUGUGGGGUAAAACUGAAGCUUUAACAUUGACUGAGACACCGAAGGAAAAAACUAUUCUUAUCUGACCAUUUUUCCUAAGUGACCACAUGCUUUACAUUAUUCUAUUAAUGCAGCUGCAUCUAUCAGCUGUUAUGUCCAAAUGGUCAGUUUCAUACAGUCCUGUAAGAAUAUGUGCAUUUGAAGGAUCUUCUGUGGAUUUCAGCUGCUCAUUUGAAUAUCCAGAUACUCACACACUUAGAACUUUAAAAUGGUUUAAGCCAGAAACUUACCAAAAACAAGAUGGGUCACAGAAUGGAAUAGCUGUCUAUCACUCCAGUGCUGAAGAGAUUAACAAACUUUACCAAAAGAGAACAGUAUAUACAAACCAAGACAAAAACUGUUCAUUAAAAUUACACAAUGUCUCCAAAACAGACAUUGGAAGAUAUUUCUUUCGCUUGACAACAAACAGGUAUUAUGGAAAAUUUACUGGAUCAGGUGGUAUAAACCUCAACGUAGCAGUUCUACCUUUCAGAGUAAAAGUGGAUAAGACAAAGGCGAAUGGACAUAUCCAUGAAGGGGACUCUGUGACACUGACAUGCGGCACAGAAAACUGUACCCCAAAACAAGGACCAUUUACCUGGUUCAAAAACAACCUUCUGUUACCACACGCCACUGAGAGUGAGCUCAAAUUCUCCUUUGUCUCUCAUGAAGACUUUGGCAACUACUCCUGUGGUCUGAAGAACAGCAACAGAACUUUAACAAAUGAAACAUUACUUGACGUGAGAUAUAGUCCAAAGAAUGUUGAAAUAACCGUCUCCCCAUCUGGAGAAAUACAAGAAGGCGACUCAUUAACUCUGACCUGUAACAGUAAUGCCAACCCUGCUGUGACAAACUACACCUGGUUUAAGAUCAGCAGAACAAACGUCUCUUAUGUAGGAUGCAGUCGUGAAUACGUCAUCAGAGUUGUUAAUCAGACAGAUGACGGACAGUACUUCUGCAUUGCCAAAAAUGACAUUGGAUAUCAAAAUUCUACUGUGCUAACAGUCACAGUUGUGAAAGUUGAAGAACCUGGCCAUCCUCAUUUCUUACUGGCUGCCACAUGUGCAUUACUUUUUGGAAUUGCCGUAACAUUAGUAAUCUUUUGUCUCGUUAAAAGGAGGAUACAGCUUGCAACAAAGAGACUCACAAAACAGGUAUUGAAUAAUAAUGAAAAUUCAACUGAUCAGAGACCUACAGUCACUUUAACAGAAGAGGUCUAUGAGAACCUGAGAAUAAUGUCCAAGUCAGAGUUUGAAGAAAACAUUACCAACCUGACUUAUGCAGACCUAAUGCUUCCUCCAACAACUACAGACAGGCCACGUCGCAACAGUCAAGAAGACCAUUUAGUGAUCUACAGCCUUGUUUGAAACAAUGAGGAUCACUGAAUAUAUUUCAGCACUCUAAAGAUUUAUAAUAAUGAGUUUUGGCGAGGGUGUUGUAUUUAUUUCUCUCUUUUUAU